UUCCGCAUUUUCCGACCAUUCCGAGCAGGCUGUCCGACCCAAAAUGGCAAAUGUUACGCCUCGACUCACAUACAAAACGACUGUGACCCCUCAAUAAUAGACAUCCUUCCUCAAUCAAUCUUCUAACAUUGCAAUCAUGGCUCCUCACCCACUUGCCAUCCUCUCCGAGGAGGAGAUCAAUCUCGCUCGUGAUAUUGUCGUCGCUCAACACCCCAACACCGUCAUUGACUUUCGGGAGAUCUUUCUUCAGGAACCACCGAAAGAACAGCUUCUUGAAUUCCUUGCACUUGAACAUUCCGGUCGUCUGAGCCCGACAACUCCCCGCCCACCUCGAUUAGCCCUUUGCCAGUACGAUGUCAUUGGUUCCGACCGGGUGCCGUCGUACGAAGAGACCGUGGUCGAUGUUGUGGCGAAGAAGUCGGUGAAGCAUACUAUCGUGGGCAAGGAGCACCAUGCUGCCUUGACUUUGAGCGAAUUUGACACGCUGGUAGAACGCUGUUUCGCCUCGCCACUGUUUAAACAAGCUCUCGCUGAAUUUGACCUCCCAGAGGGUUUCGAAGUAGUCAUCGAGCCAUGGCCAUAUGGCGGAUUAGACCUUACUGAACCAAACAGGCGGUUCUUCCAGGGAUUGUGCUUUGCGCGGGAUGCAAGGACCAACAACCCCGAUGCCAACUUUUACUCAUACCCGCUUCCUCUCAUUCCAAUCAUGGACGCCCAUACACAAGAGAUUAUUAGGGUUGACCGGCCGGCUACAGGAGGUAAGGGAGACGGUCUACGUGAGCAGACAUUCAAGCGUGAUAUUAUCGGACACUGCAAGGGAUCAGACUAUGUGCCUGAGCUACUCCCUGAGGGCACACGGAAGGAUCUGAAGCCACUCAAUGUGGUGCAGCCCGAAGGCCCUUCAUUCCGUAUCACAAAUGAGUCGCUUGUUGAAUGGCAAAAGUGGCGGUUCCGUGUCGCGUUCAAUCCCCGCGAAGGUGCUACUAUCCAUGAUGUAUGGUACGAUGGUCGAAGCGUGAUGCACCGCCUGAGUAUCAGUGAGAUGACCGUCCCCUAUGCUGAUCCUCGGCCACCCUUCCACCGUAAGCAAGCCUUUGACUUUGGCGACGGUGGCGGCGGCAACAUGGCAAACAACCUAUCCAUCGGCUGCGACUGCCUAGGCGUCAUCAAAUACUUUGACGCAAUCAUCACCGGUCCGGACGGCACAGCACAGAAGCUCCCCAACGCCAUCUGUCUGCAUGAGCAAGACAACGGUAUCGGCUGGAAGCACUCGAACUGGCGCACCGGCCGUGCAGUGGUAACUCGAAACCGCGAACUAGUGGUGCAGUUCAUCAUCACCCUCGCAAACUACGAGUACGUCUUUGCCUACAAGUUCGACCAGUCCGCCGGCAUCACCGUCGAAGCCCGCGCAACGGGUAUCCUCAAUGUCGUCAACAUCGACGCCGGCAAGGUAAGCGAGUACGGCAACGUCGUCAGCGGCGGCGUCCUCGCGCAGAACCACCAGCACAUCUUCUGCGUGCGCAUCGACCCCGCAAUUGACGGGGUCAAAAACUCAGUUCAGGUCGAGGAAUCUCACCCCGUACCCAUGAACGAGGCUACGAACCCCAACGGCAACUUUUACAAGGUCACCUCCGAGACCGUCGAGCGCGCAUGCUUCUUCGACGCCGCGCCAGACCUCAACCGGACAGUCAAAAUGGUCAACCCGCACAAGAUCAACCCCAUCAGCCAGAAACCAAUUGGAUACAAAUUCAUUCCACUUGCCACGCAGAAGCUACUGGCGGACCCGAACUCGAUCCAGGCGCAACGCGCGCAGUUUGCGCAGCACCACGUGUGGGUGACGAAGCACAAAGACGGCGAGCUCUACGCUGGCGGCCGGUAUACCCUGCAGAGCCAGAAGGAGGUGGAGGGUGUAUCGGAUGCUGUUAAGCGGGGCGAUGCAGUUGCAGAUACGGACGUCGUUGUCUGGAGUACGUUUGGUAUCACGCAUAAUCCGCGUAUUGAAGAUUGGCCUGUCAUGCCCGUGGAAAUCUUCCAGCUCAUGAUCAAGCCGUCCGACUUCUUCACGGCGAACCCGUCGCUGGACGUCCCCUCGGGGAAGAACGCGGCGUCGCGAGUCGUGGGCUCGUCAGAGUGCUGUCGGAAUGCCCAACUAUAAUGAAUCUCAUCUAACAGCGUGAUGUAAAAUAAUGAUCUAUAUACCAAAAUUCGAAUAUAUCUUGUCUAUCCCUCC